AUGAAAAAAUUCCUAUGUAUACAUGAUAAGCUAAGGAGCGUAUUGAACCGUGUGGGAAGAGUGAACAACAGAGUAGCAACAUAUAACACAAAAACUUAUUUUUCUUUCUAUUUGCCCCCCCAAAAUAGAAGAAUAAGCUCUAUACCAGGAGAAUACAUAAAUAAAAAAAGAGUGUUUUCAAAUAAUUACAAUAUUUUUUUAUUUAUUUCUUUAUUGUGUGCACCUCCAAGUUUACUAUUGCAUAAGAAGUUUAACAGUGUGAACAACAAAAUGGCUAGCUGUACAAGUUUAGAAAAGGUAUAUUUAAUAAGUAAAGACGAAAUGAAGAGCGGAGAAAUGAGAGAAAUAAAAGUGCAUGAUGAAAAAGAUACUGUGUUAUUGGUAAAUAUUAAUGAUAAGUAUUAUUGCUUAGGACCGAAAUGCCCCCACUAUAGUGCUCCCCUAAAGAUGGGUGUAUUAACAAAAGAAUAUGUUACUUGUCCAUGGCAUGAUGCAAAAUUUGAUAUAAAAACAGGUGAAUGUAUUAAUGGUCCCUCGUUUGAUGAUAUUCCAAAAUAUGAAGUGGUUGUUGAGAAUAAUAAAGUGUAUGCUUAUUUACCUAGUUCAUUAGAAAUAUUUGAAAAAAAAAAAAAAAAAACCUGUACAUGUAAGGAUAAAUGUGAAAAUAAAACAAUUUUAAUAGUGGGUGGUGGAGCAGCAACAUUAGGUGCAUUGGAAACAUUUUACCAAUUGGGGUAUAGCGGAAAGUUGAUAGUUUGUAGUAAGGAUUCAUACAAACCUUAUGAUAGACCAACUUUAUCAAAGAGCUUAUCAAAUUGUAGCACAGGAAAUGAAUUAUAUGAGCAAAUUAAAUUAAAAGAAGAGGAAUAUUAUAACAACGAUAAUAUAAUAUACAUGCAUGAUACAUAUGUUGAAAAAAUUGAUGAAGAAAAAAAAAAAGCAUAUUUAAAUAAUGGAAAAGAAAUAAAAUACGACAAAAUUCUUAUAACUAGUGGGCUGUCACCCUCCCCUUCUCCUUCUUCAUUGAAGAAAGAUGUUGUAUAUCCAGAAAACUUGUUUACUUUACACAAUUUGGAUGAUAAUAUGAAAAUUUCUUCCUAUGCAAAGGAAGGGAGUAAAUGUGUCAUUGUGGGAUCAUCAUUUAUUGCAUGUGAAAUGUCGUCAACAUUAAAAAAAAAAAACGUACAUGUAACGAUGGUAUCAAAAAAUGAAGUGCCGUUUUAUGAUGCCUUUGGUGAAAAAAUAGGAAAUACAGUACUUGAUAUUUUAAAAGAAAAAAAUGUAAACUUUUAUGGAGGUGUAUAUCCAACAGAAUAUAUUAUAGACACUAGUUUUUUGAAAAUAAAAAAUGGGAAAAAAAAACGUAUUCAUGGAAUAAGGUUAAAUAAUGGUGAAGUGUUGAGUUGUGAUUAUGUUAUUGAAGCAUUAGGAUGUAAACCGAACUCUGAAUUUUUGGAAAAAAAAUUUAAAAAUGAAAAAAAUUUUAUCCUAGUUGAUAAACAUUUUAAGGUAAAUAAUUCGAAUGACAUGUAUGCAGCAGGAGAUGUGUGUGUCUUUCCUUACUUUGUUACAGGAGAUUUAAUAAAUAUCUGUCAUUGGAAUGUUGCUAUUCAGCAAGGAAGAAUAGCAGCACAUAAUAUGCUUAGUGAUCAAAAGAAAGAGUUUAAUUUUAUACCCUUUUUUAAUACAAAUAUUUUCGGAAAAAAUUUCCGCUAUUCGGGGUAUGUAAAAAAUUAUGACAAAGUCAUAUUUGAAGGGGAUAUAUCAAAGCAUAACUUUAUAGCAUAUUUUGUUAAAAAUGAUAAAGUUGCAUCAAUUUUGACUCUUGGAAAUAACAAAAUGCCUUCACUCAAUGAGUGUUUAUCAAAAAAUAAAAUUCCAAAGGUUUACGAAUUGGAGGGAGGGUUGAAAAAUAGUGACAGUAUGAUUGCUUCUCUUAAGGUGUGA